CACUGCAUCUGAUAUUUGUAUAUAACGCCACCUCCCUUUCUGAAUCCGCCCUCGUGAUCUCCUUUUUUCUUUCUUACAAAACGACAACAACCCAACCAAAUCAUCGUCCGCUUGCUUUGUUUUUUGCUCUUUUCUUACAGCAUAAAAUAACACUUACCCAAUUUUUUUUUUUUUUAAUUUUUAUCUACUUAUUACUCACCACCAAACCAGAGAGCAUCCGUUUGACCCAUCCUUCUAUUAAUCUCUUCUUUCUGUCCAAAACUCAGCAUUUCUAUUCGUUUCUUUUGUUUUCCAAAAAUGAAGUGUUUUCAUUUCACAAACGGGGAGCGACGGAACGACGAAGACGUCGUUGUUUCAAGGGCUUCCAAAGUAUCAUGGGCCCGGUCAUUCAGUGUAGCAUCUAGUAGCGUCGACACCAGACGGUCCGAGUUCGAUUCCGACUCCACCAGAGACUGGUCUGACUCGGUUGGGUUUUACGAGAUGCUGACUCAGCGUAGAGCCAAUGAUCUCAAAGUCUUCUCUUUUGCUGAACUGAAAUCUGCUACCAGAGGCUUCAGCAGAGCCUUGUUGAUUGGAGAAGGAGGGUUUGGUUGUGUGUAUAGAGGUGUUGUUAGGGUUUCUGAUCAUCAAGAAAUUAACGGUGCUGAUUCAAAGUUGGAUGUUGCUAUUAAACAGUUGAAUCGUCACGGUUUCCAGGGGCAUAAAGAAUGGAUCAAUGAGGUGAAUUUUUUGGGUGUGGUCAAUCAUCCGAAUCUUGUCAAGUUAGUGGGAUAUUGUGCGGAAGAUGAUGAACGAGGGAUGCAACGGUUGUUGGUAUAUGAGCUUAUGCGUAAUAAGAGCUUGGAGGAUCAUCUAUUGGCCCGGGUUCCAACACCUCUUCCAUGGAUGGCAAGAUUAAAGAUCGCCCAAGAUGCAGCUCGUGGAUUGGCAUACCUGCACGAAGAAAUGGAUUUUCAGCUAAUAUUUCGAGACUUUAAAACAUCAAAUGUUCUGCUAGAUGAGGACUAUAAUGCAAAGCUCUCAGAUUUUGGACUGGCUAGGCAGGGACCUCCUGAAGGACUAGGCCAUGUUUCAACCUCAGUUGUUGGCACAGUAGGUUAUGCUGCUCCAGAGUAUGUUCAGACUGGCCGGCUGACAGCUAAAAGUGAUGUUUGGAGCUUUGGGGUUGUUCUCUAUGAACUAAUCACUGGAAGGCGAGCUGUGGAGAGAAAUCUACCUCGGACUGAGCAGAAGCUUUUGGAUUGGGUGAAACCUUAUGUGUCGGACUCUAAGAAAUUCCACCUUAUUGUAGACUCACGUCUUGAAGAGCAAUACUGCAUCAAAUCUGCUCAAAGACUUGCUUCCCUAGCAAACAAAUGCCUCAUGAAGCAUCCUAAAUCCCGCCCUAAAAUGAGUGAGGUGGUUGAGAUACUGGGAAACAUUAUCUCUGAGACAUCAUCUCAAGACGAAGAGGCCCCUCGACCUGUCAGUGAAACUGAAGAUGUGAAGGAGGAAACAGAACCAGAGACUGAGCCCGAGUCUACCAAGCAAGGAAGCAAUUAUCUGAAGAAAGUUUUUGAUAUCAGAGAAAUGGUCAAUUUAAGAAACAGAUCAAUUGGGAAGUUGGAUUGGAGAAAUUGGACGCCUGGGUUGGUAAGAACUUGGUGAUGAUAUGCUAUCAGUUUGUGGUAGUCAAGAGAUCCAGAUGCCUUACAUCUCCUUCAAAAUGCCAGAUAAUUGCAUUUCUAUUGGCAUAUUUGGGGAAAUGAAUAUAGAGAUACACGUUAUUGCUUGAAUGGUUGGAGGUUAUUUCUUUCACUCCCCAAUUCUUUUUUGUUUUCGAGGUAGUUGUGGAUAUAGGUCAUGAGGGAAGUCGCAUUGUUAUGCAUGCUUCUUCUUAGUACAGAUUGUAAAGCAUAAGGUCAUGUUUCUUCUCUUAAUAUGUAAUUUUGCCCUAUUUGUGGCAUGAAUGCUGCUGUCAAUAUAUGAUAUAUAUUGUUCCCUACCCAUGGUGCUUCUCGAUCCCUUAGCUUUACU